UACUAAUUAAUAUUAGUUAAUGUUUUAAUAAUUAGUAAUCGUAAGUUAUAAAUUAUUUGUGACUUUCAACGAAGAUCUCAUUGUCAGUCAGUAGUUACUGGUCGUUCCUUCCAUACUUCUUCUUCCGAAGUUAUACCAGGCAAGAAAGGUUAAAAAUGAAAUCCUUAGCUAUCUUUGUAAUAGCUCUUCAUUAUAUACUUGCUAUUAAUGCCAGUAUCAAUAUAACAAUAACCAAGAAUGAUUCAGAUGAAAAAAGGGUCAUACACAAAGGACAACAUGACAUCGUUAAAAUAUAUCCAUCGCUACCGUUAAAGGAAGAAUUGCAAAAAAUAUUUGUGUUUUUUCUAGAAGCUGAUAUAAAUAAUGAUGGUAGUAAAAUAGCUCAAGGAUUGUACGUUAUUGUUGAAAACAGUACAACGAAGUUACAUGACAACGGUAAAGACAUAGAUGGCGAUGCAGAAGGUAACGUUUUUUUUGCUUGCAAAGAAGGAAUAUAUACGUACAACCAUAAAGAAAAUAAAGCCUAUAAAUAUGGAAAUUUGAACGAAAGCAUUAUUUCGCUGGCUGUAGAAAACAGCAGUGGUAUUAUUUAUGCGCUUACUGAAAAUCACGAUUUAUACAAAAUAUUUGAUAACGGCAGUAAAUCAGACGUGGACAACCGAGUAAAAAAUGCUCAAGAAAUAGUUUUAGAUACGCUUGAUAAUCUUUAUUAUUAUGAUAAUGAGAAGAAUGUGUAUCAGGUGAAGGAUCAGCGUGUAAACAAAAUUGAAGGUUUACCGAAAAAUCCAAGCAAAAUGGUCAUGAUAAAGAUACCGCUACUCAUAGAUAUCAAAGGCAUAGUCGUUUUAGCAGACGAUGUUCCAUAUGUGGUUUACUCAAACGGCACAAGUAUAAUAGCCCCUGAAAAUUUUGGCUUGACUAAGUCUAAACCCACAGCAUUCUCUGCUGACUUAGUGCUAGUGAUUUACUUUGCUAUCGAGAAAAAAUUAUAUCAAUAUGACAUGGCACUCAAUAUGUUUUCAGAUGUUUUAAGUGCGGUUGGAGACUAUUAUAAGUUUUCUUUGAAUUGAAAUAAAUUCGUUAUUAAAGAUUAUAUCCAAAUAAUUAACUAAGUAUAACGAUCAUAGAUGAAUGAAUGAAAAAGGUGAUGUAAUGUGUUAAAUGAACUCGUAUUAUGAUUUUGAAAAUAUUUUGUACUCAUUAAGUUGCAAAGCAUACAAUUUUUGGCUACAAAAAUAAUGAGUAAGUUAAAAUAAGUUAUUUAUGAAAAAUUUAAACUUACUUUACUAAUUUAUUGAGCAUGUUAAGUAGAAUAAUAAACAUUGAAAUUAUGUACUGUAAUACCUACUAAUAAAUUUUUAUUGGCGUGUUGUUUAAGUUGGU